CUCGCGGCGGCCCGUCCGCGCCCUCCCGGAAGUGGUGGUGCUCUGGCUCGGUGCCCCGCACUCGGUUGCGCCGGGAGGCCGGGGCGGGGCGGGGGCAGGCAGCAUGGAGGCGUGGGUGCGCUUCAGCGCGCAGAGCGCCGCCAAGGAGCGCGUGUUCAGAGCCGCCCAGUACGCCUGCACCCUGCUGGGCUACACGAUGCAGAAGAAUGGGGCAGGCGCCGAGCUCCUGGCCAGAAUCAAGCAGCUGGAAGCUCAUAUGAGCCUGGGACGCAAGCUGUUCCGGCUAGGCAAUUCGGCCGAGGCGCUGGAGGCGGCCAAGCGUGCCAUCCACCUGUCGGACAUGGUGCUGCGCUUCUGCAUCACUGUGGCCCACCUCAACCGAGCCAUGUACUUUGCCUGCGACAACGUCCUGUGGGCUGGCAAGACAGGCCUCGUCCCCCACGCAGACCAGGAGAAGUGGAGCCAACGCUCCUUCAGGUAUUACCUCUUUGCACUCAUCAUGAACCUGAGCCGGGACGCCUACGAGAUCCGCCUGCUGAUGGAGCGUGAGGCCAGUGGGAAGCGCCCAAAAGGCACUGAGAACGGGCAUCAGGCGCAGGUAGACAACGGGCUGCAGCACCUGGCUCUGCGGCUCCGCAUCCAGCUGCGCCUGCUGGGCCACGUGCUGAGGAGUAACCCCCCGCUGCUGCUGGACCUGGUGAAGAACGCCUGCGAUAUCUUUAUCCCGCUGGACAAGCUGGGGCUCUACAAAACCAGCCCAGGCUUCGUGGGGCUGUGCGGCCUCACCUCCUCCAUCCUGUCCAUCCUCACCAUCGUGCACCCCUGGCUCAAGCUGAAGCCAUAGUGGGGAGCUUCAGCUGGCUCAGGACAUGAGACUGUGCCACCUUCCUCCUCUCCAUCCUUGGUUGGAAGCCAGCACCGAUAUCGGUAACCCCAGGUUGUUCCCUGCCACAGCUCUUGGGUGGGUGGGAAGCACUGAUUUGAUGGGGGGGCAUCAGUCCUGUGGUGUACGGACCUGCCAAUCUGACCUCUGUUCCUGGAAGUCCUUUCUCCGAGCCUUAAAGGACUGGGAAUCCCAGGAGUCAGGGGCUCAGGGCUGGAGGCAUCAAGGAUUCCCCUCUUAAUCAGCUGUGAAGCUCUGGUUUCUUAGAUAUGACCCAUGACUGGGACAACCUUGUCCUGCUUGGAGGGGCAGGUGAGAACGAGACAGGUGGCAAUUCCAGAUAACCUGGCUAGUCUUCAUGUGUGUUGCUGAAGCCUCGGGACUAUUCCCUUUAAGGCUGCCCCAGCUUGGACCUCUCUGCUGUGUUGCGGGGAUGUCCCGCUCUCCUGGCUGUGCCUUUUCACUUAGGUUGGAUGGUAGGAGUAGGAGAUCAUUUCUCUCCCUCCCUCUCUGUUAUUUUCUCCCAUGUGGGUUUCCCCACCUUGUUAGAGAGCACUUAAGGAUGCUACAGAGUCCCGUGAUCUGUGAAACUGGCCAGACCUGCUCUCUACCAGCCCUGGGUAUGGACUGCCAGAAGAGGUCGCGUCUGAGUGCAGGUUCUCUUCCUGCCUUUGCCCUGAACGAUCGUACACCUUUCACUUCUCCGUGCCUCCGUUUUCCCAUCUGUGAAGUGGGGAUUAUACAGCCCUGUGCUUCCAAGCCUCUGCUGCUGCUCGGGCAAUCCACUAGACACCCCUGACCUUCAUCCCCAUAAUGGUUUCUUCGUUGAAUUUGUAAUAAGCCAGAGAGGAAGAGAAAACCAGUGGUUUCAUAUUGGAUCCUGAACAGUUGGGAACAGAACCCAGGAGUCCCGACUCCCAGCCCUGUCACUGUUAAGCCAUACUUCCCACUGUCUUUGCGUCCUGACUCUGUGGGUCACUGGAUCUUUGGGCUUCCCUGUCUGCAGAUCCUGCUCCCCUCAGCAAAGUGAUUGUUUUUAACAGUUCAGAGUUGCUCAAAGGCAGGGAUUCUUAGCUGACAAUGCUGCCACUGCCGUGCAAGAUUGAAGAGACCUCCGCUCCUUCUCUCAGAGCUGUGUUAGCUCCUGCUUCACGAAGAACAAGAUUGUUGUACUGAUGAAGUAAAGACGGUCAUAAAGAAGCAGAGAUCCCCAGCAGUCUGUUUUCAGCUGUCACCAAUCUUCAUGACAUAGUCUUCCUUUCCCCAUAGCUCUGGGCAGCUUCUGAGCAGAACCCAAGAGGUUGGUGGCCGUAUUGUCCUCCAUUUGCUGCUUUGGUGGGAUCCCAGCUGGGACAAAGCUGAGAGCAACCAUCAGCUCUUUGGGAGAAGUCUGGCGAUUCACAGCCAUGUCCCCUGUUGUCCCUCUGAUAGCAGCAACGAUCACGUGAAGAUCGGUUUGGGCUUCAGGCUUCCAGUCGGGUUGGCGCAGCUGCCAGGAAAAUGAAGAUGCUGAACUGUCGGGAGUGUGAGUCUUGCCUCUGUAGGUAUCUAUGCCCUACACACAGGGGUGGGUGACUGUUUCAGUCUGACAGUGUUUGCGCUCUCCCCCACAGGUGCCCAUCAACCAGAGUCACGUCCCUGUUAAAUGCCACGGGGACUGAAUCAGACUGCAUUUUGGGGGAAGGAUAGAGUUGGUUGUGUGUCAUUUUGAAACGGUUGAGGGUUACCUAGAGAAAAGUUAUUCUCAUCAAUUGUGGUGCAUCCAUCUGAGGAUGUUCUUGAACAGAUCCCUAAUGUCUUGAUGCACUCUGCCCUUCACAGACAUGAGGGCCUCCGGGCUUUCAGCUGUAGGCUGUGAAGCAGUCCAGGGAGAGACUUCAAUCCUUCAGAAGAUGCUACAACAAAGCAUUCAGCCCAUUAAUUCUCUCAUCCGCCAUCAGCGAACUCAGCUGCCCGUGGCUGCUUUCUCCUGCUAACACCCCGGUUUUGAUUGUUAGAGAGCAAAGCCAUUUGGUUGUCAGAAGUCUGGAACGUACUGUGGGCAGCUGUGACACGUGUCUUCCACCGUCCCUGUCUGGUCACUGUAAAUACUGUACAAUUCACUUGUAAAUAGGCAUCAACUGCUAGCAGAAAGUCCUGUGGCAGCUCUCAGGCUGACACAUUAAAAAGCGAAGCUGCUGAUGCUU